GUCUUCAAAGAGGGGCAACUCAGAGGGAAAAUUUCACUGCGGGCUGCACCAAAGAUUUCAGUCAGUCCGAUCUCCGUCCACCCAUGAAUGUUAUAUAGUGAAACCUAAAAAAACGGCAGCAGGCCCGUCCUUGGUGGGCCACUCUCUUCUUGUCCAGCAUUAUGAAAGGGGAUACGGAGAGCAUGUCCAAACGGGAGCCCUCCAACGGGCACAGCAGGCCCUUGGACAUUGUGCCCAGUACAGAGGAGAAGAUGACGGAGAGGGGUCAGUGGGGCAACAAGAUCGAGUUCAUCCUGUCAGUGGCUGGAGAAAUUAUUGGCCUGGGAAAUGUCUGGCGUUUCCCUUACCUUUGUUAUAAGAAUGGAGGAGGUGCAUUUUUCAUCCCAUACCUCAUCUUCCUGUUUGCUUGUGGGAUCCCGGUCUUCUUCCUGGAGACAUCUCUGGGUCAGUUCACCAGUGAGGGAGGCAUUACCUGCUGGAGGAAGAUCUGCCCCUUGUUUGAAGGAGUGGGUUAUGCUACCCAGGUGAUCGCUGCCCUGCUUAACAUCUACUACAUUGUUGUGUUGGCCUGGGCCAUCUUCUAUCUGGCCAACUCCUUCACCUGGGACCUGCCCUGGGCCUCCUGCAAUAACACGUGGAACACAGAUUCUUGUAUGGCAUUUCAGAGGGGGAAUAGCUCCAUCAAUCACCAUGAGAACACCACCUCUCCUGUCAUUGAGUUCUGGGAGCGAAGAGUGCUGAGAAUUUCCUCAGGUAUUCAUCACAUCGGCUCUCUGAAUUGGGACCUGGUUAUCUGCCUGGCCGUGGCCUGGGUCAUUUGCUACUUCUGCAUCUGGAAGGGAGUCAAGUCUACAGGCAAGGUAGUUUACUUCACGGCCACCUUCCCUUACGCCAUGCUGGUGGUCCUGCUGAUCCGAGGGGUCACCCUGCCGGGAGCCUCCACUGGAAUCCACUUCUACCUCUACCCGGACCUGCAGCGGCUGUCUGACCCACAGGUAUGGAUGGAUGCUGGGACUCAGAUCUUCUUCUCCUAUGCCAUCUGCCUGGGUUGCCUCACCGCCCUGGGAAGCUAUAACAAAUACAACAACAACUGCUACAGGGAUUGCCUCUCCCUUUGUUUCCUGAACAGUGGUACCAGUUUUAUUGCAGGAUUUGCCAUCUUCUCCAUCCUGGGAUUUAUGUCCUACGAGCAGAACGUGCCCAUCUCGGAAGUGGCUGAAUCCGGUCCAGGUUUGGCUUUUAUUGCCUAUCCUCGUGCUGUGUCCAUGAUGCCUUUCUCUCCUCUUUGGGCCUGCUGCUUCUUCAUCAUGAUUGUCUUUCUGGGACUGGACAGUCAAUUUGUGUGUGUGGAGAGCCUGGUGACAGCCAUGGUGGACAUGUAUCCCUCCACCUUCCGCCGCAAAAACCGCAGGGAGCUGUUCAUCCUGGGAGUGGCCGUGGUGUCCUUCCUCCUGGGGCUCAUCAUGCUGACAGAGGGCGGCAUGUACGUCUUCCAGCUCUUUGACUACUACGCAGCCAGCGGGAUGUGCCUGCUCUUCGUGGCUGUUUUUGAGACUGUUUGCAUCGCUUGGGUUUAUGGUGCCGACCGUUUCUAUGACAACAUAGAAGACAUGAUUGGCUAUCGCCCCAGCUCAGUCAUGAAAUACUGCUGGCUCUACUUCACCCCAGCAACAUGCAUGGGAACGUUUGCCUUUGCCUUGAUCAAGUACUCGCCUCUGAAGUACAACAAUGAAUACGUAUACCCAUGGUGGGGCAAUGGGAUCGGCUGGAUCCUGGCCCUGUCCUCUAUGCUGUGCAUUCCUGUCUGGAUAGCAUUCAAGCUGUACUACACCCCGGGAACCUUGAACGAGCGCCUCGUCCUCUUGACCACUCCGUCCACCGACUUGCCGAAAACCAAGCAGGAGCAGGAGCGGCUGCUGGCCGUCUUCGCGGCCGACGGCGACAGCCUCCAUCAGAAGUCGCCCCCCACCAAGGAAGGCUACUUCCCCGUCGACGAAAAGGAGUCUCACUGCUAGAGACUCGAGGGUUUUGGAGUCAGAGCGUCGGGGGGGGGGUCAAAGGUCACACGCCUCAGCUUUCACACUCUGCCCGGGCCCCCCUUCCCCCUCCCCCCAUCCCGGCGGCUGUUCUCCUCAAUACCUCAUCGGACAAGGUGCGCGAAACGGGGCUCGGUGCGUGCUUUCCAGAGCCACCCUGGCCUG